UUAUUGAAUAAUCAUUGUAAAUGAUAUCAACACUUGUCCUCUACAAUUUUUUUUAGUGUCACUACAUCUUUUUAUUUCUAAGUCUUUAGUAAAAUGGAUCUAAAAUCUGUAUUGUGUGUCAAGAUAGAAAUAAAGGCCAACAAGGAUGUGUUUCAUGAUGUUUUUACAAAUAAACCACAUCACGUCUCUACUAUGUCUCCUUUGCAUGUACAAGGUUUUGAUCUUCUUGAAGGUGACAUUGGAACUGUUGGAUCCAAAAUUUGUUGGACAUAUACCCUUGAUGGGGAAAAGAAGAUUUCUAAACAAAUACUUGAAGCUAUAGAUCAUGAAAAAAAGGUGCUCGUACUCAGAGAAUUUGAAGGAGAUGUAACAGAUAAAUAUAAUAGUUUUAAAGCAACUCUUCAUAUAGAAACAAAAGACGAAAUCGAUUUGGUUAGCUGGACAUUGGAGUAUGAAAGGCCAAAUGAGAAUGUCCCUGAACUUAUAAGUUUGUUGGACUUCGUUGUUGGUAUGACAAAAGCUAUUGAUGAUCACCAUGCCAAUUGAUGGGAUCUAUGUUGCUCGGACUAUUAAAAAAUGUCAUCAGGUGUGUGUCGAAUCCUUUAAAAAUAGUGCAUUUUUUAAGGAUCUGACACAAGUAUGACAAUAUUUUUGAAGAAUCCGAGCAACUUAGGAUGGGAUCAUAUAUAUUCAUGUGAGCUUUACAUAAAUACCAUAUGCUUUGUUUGUUGUUUGUCCAUGUUGAUUGUGUACUUUUUUUUAUGUUUGUUGUGUCUUUCUCAUGUAAGUGAUAUGUUGGCAACUAUGUUAACCUGUGUGUUGUGUAAUAAGACAUAGGUAUGAAGUUUAUAUAUAUUGAUCUUCGCCUCCUCCU